AUGGCACCUGACACUGAUCGUUGUAAGCCCCUCUUUGGUACCCCCGCCUCCACAGCGAAGCUCUUUGUUUACUUCUCCUAGUUGAAUGACUGACACGGUGGCGGAGAAGCUAGCGCCUUGCUCACGUUCAUCACUGUUACCGCUACGAUGAGGCUGAUCAAAACUGCAUCGUUGGUCACUUGACCGACCACGCCUCCUGUGUUUUCCCUAACCCUGGCAGUGCAACGUCGAGCACUGAGAGCGAUCACGGAAGCGGACUUCAAGGGGGCAAAAGGUAUCUCCUUUACCAACUUCUUGAUGGUAAAUGGAGUUCGCCAUCUUCAUUAUCUUUACUUCCGAGUAAGUCGCAUCUCGAUUCUUGUCGAUGUUGAUGUCGCUGCCUCCACUCAUAAUUCCGGGCUACAGGGCGUGGUCAGAAACGAGAUGGCUCGAGGGGGCAUCGAGCUUGAGGCUGCUCCCCUCUUUCUGUAUGGGCGCGGUUCUUGCAACCCUGAUUGGGUUCCUCUGCCGCCUGACACCGACGAGCUCGAGGACGUGACGGAAAAGUUUGAUUUACCCCUGACUGUUCAAACGAUCACGGCGCACAAGUCUUUGAUUCUAACGACAUGGAGGGCGAUACCGAUGGACACUCGCGCAGCCGUAAGAGCUGCUGUAAGGCUACAUUAUGUAGUGGCUUGGCAUUGUACGGCUUGCACAUUCGCUGACACUGUGUCUUCGACAUGUCCUGCCAUUGCUCACAGGUUGCCAAGCUCUGCCCCUUCAUUGAAAGAAGGUUUGCCAAGGGUUGGCCCAUUAAGCAUGCCAUGGUGGCAACCCUGAGUAACGCGCGCAAAACAUGGGAAUCGCGUCACCUCCAGGAGCUUGCGUCUAUGAUGCAUGUCACAUCCCUGCCUCUUCUAGCGCGACUGGUCCGUACAAAGCGACAGGUGCGCACUGCUACGUGAUCCAAUCAAAUAUGGUGUAUAUAUGGACUAACUUGUAAUUACGGUAACAUCAGGAAGCAGCAAUGAGGGCACAGGUUAGUAGGAUAUACUCACGGGAGCUAGACUGCGUCGAAUAUUGAAUUUGGCUCUUAUAUUCUUUAGGAAGAGUUUGGUGGACCUGGUCUCGACUCGAGCGAUUCAGGGGCGGAAUCCGAGGAUGAUGACGAUGAGGAGCCUCUGGACCAAGCCACUCGCGCCGCGCUUCAAGACGAGAUGAUGUACGACUAA